UUGUCUUUCUUCAUUGUUAUUCCAAUGGUCUUGGAUUGCCCCUGAAACAAAAUCAUUAUCAUCAUCUCCAACAUAUUCUUCAAUCUAACACGGAAAGAAAUGGAACAAGGUUUUCCCAAAAACAUGUUCAAGAAGCUCUGUGUCUUCUGCGGCAGCAACUCCGGUAACCGCCAAGUUUUCAGUGACGCCACCAUUGAACUGGCCAAUGAACUGGUUAAGAGGAACAUUGACUUGGUGUAUGGUGGGGGAAGUGUUGGGCUAAUGGGCUUAAUAUCCCAGAGAAUGUAUGAUGGAGGCUGUCAUGUUCUUGGGGUUAUUCCAAAAGCUCUCAUGCCUCUUGAGAUAUCUGGUAAACCAGUUGGUGAAGUGAGAAUUGUUUCAGAUAUGCAUGAGCGUAAAGCUGCAAUGGCUCAAGAAGCUGAUGCAUUUAUCGCUCUACCUGGAGGAUAUGGAACAAUGGAAGAGCUGUUGGAGAUGAUAACCUGGGCUCAACUUGGAAUACAUAAAAAACCGGUUGGUGUACUGAAUGUUGAUGGCUACUACGACUCGUUGCUUGCAUUAUUUGACAAUGGUGUUGAAGAAGGCUUCAUUAAGCGUGGUGCUCGGGAUAUUCUCGUUGCAGCUUCAUCAGCCAAAGAACUUAUGAUGAAAUUGGAGCAAUAUUCUCCUUCCCAUGAACAUGUAGCCCCUCAUGAGAGCUGGAAGACAAGGCAAUUGGGUAAUUAUGCAGGACAGGAGAAUACAAAAUGAAUCUUUGAUUGGUUGAAGACAUUUCAGAAAACGUUUUUGAUGCAACUCUUCAUUACUUGAAAUGUAUAAAAGGGCUCCUGUGGAUGGGGCCGUGUGUUUUUUGUUACUGUGCAUCAUUUCAUUUAAUGGUCAAUUGAGUCACUGUGAGAAAGUCAUAUUUGCUUGUUACAUAACACUGUUUAAAGGGUAAAAGUGCAUUGAAAUUGCAAAUAGAUGAUGGCUAUUUUAUGGGCUAGCAUGAGGCUCCACUAUGCAGUGCCAAAAUUUGACAAUGUAGAUGAAUCAUGGACAAUCUACACUUUUUGUGAAACCUCAAGACUGUACUUCAUAAUUGACAUUUUCUAUGGUACCAUAGAA